UGUCCUUCGACAAGUAUUCCGGCAAAGAGACCAAGUAUUUGUCGACAUGCUGAAUGAAAUACGGUUUGGCCGUGCCAGCCCAGAAGUAUCGCUUCGAUUCAAAGGGUUGUCAAGACGGGUGACUUACGAUGAUGGUAUCGAGCCGACUGAGCUGUAUCCUACUCGCUCAGAAGUAGGAGAUGCUAACAAUACCCGCCUCAGCCAACUAGUGGGGCCGGUGAAGCAAUAUGUGGCAAGGGACUAUGCAUGUUCUGAUGAGGUCUUGUUUGACCCCGCUGCCAUGGGGCGCAUUCAUAACGCAUUGGACCGUCUCAUUGCUUUGAGGGACAUCACUCUGAAGGUUGGUGCGCAAGUAAUGCUGAUAAAGGUCAGUAUCAUCGUCAACCUCAUACAAGGAGAGCUGGUGAAUGGAACCAAGGGCAGGGAUAAUCUUGUAAAACUCCACCGCGACUCAUUUGACCGCUUCAACGACGUGUGGCCUUUGGUAAAAUUCGAAACUGGAAGACACUUGCUCUGUAACCGAUGCAAUUUCGACGUCAAGAACGCUGAGGGUGAACAGGAAGCAAUCCGAGAACAGGUGAGUUGUAGUUCCAUCGUGCAUAAAUCCCAAGGUCAGACAUUGCAGCGAGUACGAGUCAACUCAAGCGUACUCGCAGCGUAUGUAGCUCUGUCGCGUGCGACAAGUAUGGACACACUCGAAGUGCUGAAUUUCGAUGCUAAAAAAGUUAUGGCGCAUCGCACAGUACUGAAGUGGAGUGACGAGCUUCAACCCGCUGAAUUGGUCUGUCCAAGCACCACCAUCGAUGUCACCCCAGCAGUGUCAGUGCAAGACACCGAAGUUGACGAUGAUAGGGAAUUAUGGGCCGCAUUUGACGAAUGACGAGUCCCUUUUUUGGUACUACUAACUCAUGCCGCAAUGCUAAGUACCGUCUUUUGGAAAAUCUCGGGAACAACUCACAGUAUCUGUACAUGCUAUUGCAAUCAUUGAGUCCGAUUUUUUACUUACAUGGUGCUUGAAUAGUAAUCAGGAGCAGAUGGCGUUGGCUCGCGGUAUGUACAAUGCACUUUAAAGAAAUUCGACUGGUC